GUCAUGUUUUGACGUCUCACGUCAGUAAUUUAGUGAGUUGAUCGGUCAGCGAAGUUCAGUGAAUUUUCGAUUUACGUCUAUGAUAAAAAAUACUUGUUUAUUAUAUCGGACUACUCCCUGGUGUGCCUGAACUAAUUGAAAAGUGCCAUUUAGAUGGAAAAGUGUUAAGACUUUGUGAUUCGAGGGUCCUGGAAUGUGUUUGUGUUAGAUGCAGUAAUGGAGCGCUUUCCAUUGAAGUCCCCUGGCCCGAAAAUGGCUACAACGUACCAGUCCGUCUACAAAAAGGGUACGAACGUUAGCAACGGGCGAGGCACGCAGUCCACAAGUGAGGAUGACAUGGUAGACAUCACGGCGGGACUGCAGCAGGCCGCAGCUGCUAGUGCCACAACGCCCACCAGCCACGGCACCUUCCAGCUCUACGAGCACGGCGGCAGGAACUCUAACGCCAGUGCUAACUGGGACGCAGUGCUAUUUUCCGGAAUGUCAGGUGACGAUGACAUCCCGGGAAUUGGCCAGUAUGACGACUUCCAUACCAUUGACUGGCAGCGUGAUAUUGCCCGUGAUCGUAUGCGACAUAGAUACAUUGUUAAGAAGAGGCAGGACUCCAUAUGGGAUCUUAUAAAGGGUGCCCACGACGCAUGGUCAGGAUGGGUGUGUGUUCUGCUAGUGGGUGUCUGCACAGGCAUUGUAGCUGGUGUCAUCGACAUUGGUGCUUCCUGGAUGACCGACCUCAAGUUUGGCAUCUGUCCCCAAGCCUUCUGGCUUAACCGGGAGCAAUGUUGCUGGUCUGACACUGAUACCACAUUUGAUACAGGAAACUGCUCACAGUGGUUGACUUGGCCUCAAGUGCUGGGUGGACAGCGCGAGGGCCCGGGAGCUUACAUCAUCAGCUACUUGUUCUACAUCGUAUGGGCUCUGGUAUUCGCCGCGCUGUCAGCUUCCCUUGUCAGGAUGUUCGCACCCUACGCCUGCGGUUCAGGUAUUCCCGAGAUAAAAACCAUAUUGAGUGGCUUCAUCAUCCGAGGAUAUUUGGGCAAAUGGACGUUAAUCAUCAAGGUGGUCGGUUUGAUACUGUCCGUGUCUUCUGGCCUCUCACUCGGUAAAGAAGGUCCGAUGGUGCACAUCGCUAGUUGUCUCGGAAAUAUUCUAUCAUACCUGUUUCCGAAGUACGGCCGUAAUGAAGCGAAGAAGCGUGAGAUUCUGUCGGCGGCCGCAGCGGCCGGCGUGUCUGUCGCGUUCGGAGCUCCCAUCGGAGGAGUGCUGUUCAGUUUGGAAGAGGUGUCUUACUACUUUCCACUGAAGACCCUCUGGCGCUCGUUCUUCUGUGCCCUGAUUGCGGCCUUUAUCCUGCGCUCCAUCAAUCCUUUCGGCAACGAACAUUCUGUACUCUUCUUCGUGGAGUACAACAAGCCGUGGAUCUUCUUUGAGCUAAUUCCGUUCGUCGGACUCGGUAUUAUUGGGGGUUGCAUAGCGACGAUAUUCAUAAAGGCGAACAUCUUCUGGUGCCGCUACCGCAAGUUCUCGAAGUUGGGCCAGUACCCAGUGACGGAGGUGCUUGUGGUGACGCUGGUCACUGCCAUCAUCGCGUACCCGAACCCUUACACCCGCAUGAACACGAGCGAGCUCAUCUACCUGCUGUUCAACCAGUGCGGUAUCUCCAACUCUGAUCCUCUGUGUGAUUACAACCGCAACUUCACUGACGUUAACUCUGCGAUCGAGAAAGCGGCGGCCGGGCCGGGCGUAUACCGCGCUAUCUGGCUGCUGGUUCUGGCACUAGUGCUGAAGCUCGUCAUGACCAUCUUCACCUUCGGCAUUAAGGUGCCUUGCGGACUAUUCAUACCCAGCCUCGCGUUGGGAGCCAUCGCGGGACGAAUUGUAGGCAUAGGUGUGGAGCAGCUGGCGUACAACUACCCGAAGGUAUGGCUGUUCUCUGGCGAGUGCUCGACGGGCGACGACUGCAUCACGCCCGGCCUGUACGCCAUGGUGGGCGCCGCCGCAGUGCUGGGCGGGGUCACCAGGAUGACAGUAUCGCUGGUGGUGAUCAUGUUCGAGCUGACGGGCGGCGUCCGCUACAUCGUGCCACUGAUGGCCGCUGCCAUGGCCUCCAAGUGGGUGGGCGACGCGCUGGGCCGGCAGGGUAUAUACGACGCACACAUCGCGCUCAACGGGUACCCCUUCCUUGACAGCAAGGACGAGUUCCAGCACACCUCGCUCGCUGCUGACGUCAUGCAGCCCAAACGCAACGAGACGCUGUCGGUGAUAACUCAGGACUCGAUGACAGUUGAUGACGUGGAGACUCUGCUGAAGGAAACUGAGCAUAACGGGUACCCAGUGGUGGUGUCCAAGGAGUCACAGUACUUGGUGGGCUUCGUGCUGCGCAGGGACCUCAACCUCGCAAUAGCGAACGCGCGCCGGACCAUGGAAGGCAUCACAGGGCAAACAAUUGUCAUUUUUGCGGGCACGGGCAACCAGCCGCUUUCUCCCCCGCCCUGCCUCAUGCUCAACCGCAUCCUGGACAUGGCGCCCAUCACCGUCACUGACCAGACCCCUAUGGAGACUGUCGUAGACAUGUUCCGCAAGCUUGGCCUGAGGCAGACGCUGGUCACUCACAACGGACGUCUCCUGGGAGUGAUCACCAAGAAAGACGUGCUGAGGCACGUGAAGCAGAUGGACAACGAGGACCCGAACUCAGUGCUGUUCAACUGAGGCCGGGCUCAGCGCGCCACAGCCGGGCGACGCCGACCGUAGCCAGCACGCCACGCUCCCACCCGCGGCGUAGCCUCCGCACCAUCUACAACCACCGUCGUUGGAAGGAGUCGUGUGUGUGAUCCGUGGUCUGUCGGCUACUCGCGUGUCGUACAUCACAGUAGAGCGUCGCGCCGUUAGUGUAACCUACUCAUAUUUAACGCGUUAGGUAUAGUUACUACAUAAACAUCGCAUUGGCAACUGUCUGUAUAUUAGCUGUUCCCCGCGCAGAGCUCACAUAAUGUUAAGUAGAUCAAUUCACUUUGAAUAUAUAGCUCAGUUAUUACGAUUCUGUCCGCUUCUGUAAGUACAUCAACAAGCAAUCAAGUUCCACUAGAGUAUUAACGAUCGCAUCACUAUUUAUAAUAUAAAGUUGUCACCAGCUUUUACUAAACUUCAAUCAAGUUGAUGACAUCAGUAUUUAAGUGUAAGCAAACAUUUUAAGCAAAAGCUACUUUGUAUUUAAGUGAACAAAGUUGUUAGAUAUUAAUAUAUGAAAUAAUUUAUUAUUAUUUUGAAAUUUUACGCAAGAUUUUAUGUAAAUAUUGUAUCGUAUAUGAAGCAUAAUGUGUAACCGACAUCUCAUUUUAAGUAGUUUUGUAGAAUCGAAUAUAUUGUUUAUAAAGCUAAUCUAUAUUUGUACAGCUUGCACAUCGACACACCACAUUUGAAGGUACGGACGUAUAUGUAGUCCCGACCCGCGCACUAUUCCCGCACUACCUAAUGCAGUCAGUGUGUAUAUAUUGUACAUAAAUACGUCGUCCUGUUUCAACACAAUCGUUAAAUUAGCAGAUAAUUGAGCCCGUCCCUGUGUCUUGUGUUUCUUGCAGUAGUUUGCACAUGUUAAGAGUCAAAUUGCACACUCCGCUUAGAACGACGUUUCACUAACACAUACCGCACGCUAGCUCGUUUGCUUAUAUUAUGACUAGCAUUGAUACAGGGAUGCGAAUAUUGUUAAGAGUAAGACACGAACUAGAAAGCAGCUCAUUACUGUACUAUAUUUCAACAUUUUAAAUAAAGUAUUGCAAAUAAAAAGAACCUGCACGUGAUUAUAAAUCAUGGUCUACUAAUUUCCUAAGUAAUAUCUGUCGGAAGCUUUUAAAUCAAGCGAUAAAUCUUGGGUAUAGAAAGCGAUCUAUAGCAACUAUCUCGUAGUUAUAAUGUUUGAAUAUUAUACUGUUUUUAUGUAUUUUUAUAUACAAGGACUGAAAAUUAUAAUGAACUACUAGGUAUUAACAAACAUUGUAUAAAUAACUUUACACGUUUGCGCUGCUCCAGUCGGCGCGCGCAACUUUUUAUAAUAGAUUUUACAAGUAUUGUGUAUUUAUUACAGUGUUACUGAUGUGCAAUAUUUACAUCAUACAUGCACGUUGGACUAGAUUUACACGGGGUCGGCGCGGACUUCGGCCACAAAGUUCAUCGCUAAGUUUUCUUAAACUAAUGCCAUUUUUACGCAGUUUAUCCAACUCGCAUCAUGGCGCCAACUGGCGAUUUGUGUCAUCGUCGACAAAUUACCGCCACCUGCUCGUAGCGAUAUCUGUGCCGACCCAAACAAACAUUUUAUAUCGACUACUUAUACCAAUGUAUAGAAUGAGAUUUUAAAAUAUUAUUAUCUGUCUUUCGCUUGCCACCUUAUCUCGAUGCUCGGGUGGUACCGUCGAAGUGUGUGUUUCAAAUACAUGUAUGUUUAAUAUAUUGUCACUUUUAUUUUAUCGUAACGGUGUGACAUUGUGUUGUUCUGUUCUAAGUGGACAGAUACUUCUUAAGGAGACGAAAUUUUACUAUAGAACAUUAUAUUGGAGCAGGUACGGUGUCUAUACUGUCAAUAAUUUUAGAAAAGUUAAAGGUUUCAUAAUUGAGGGCCAAGCGUAAUGACGCAGAAUUUUUGGAAUGGGAAACUUUUAGUCUGUAAUUGCCUCUCGUUUCACCUAGGAGGCUCACCAAACAUAUUUGAAUAAAAAAAACAUAAAAAAAUGUUUUAUUGAAAACCAGUCAAGUUCCUAAAGCGAUCAUGGAAGAUACGAAGCUGUUUCUGAGGUAAAUGGAGUUUAAAUAAUAUUGAACUUGGAAUCGCAAGUUAAAAUAAACUUUAUAUUAAAGGUACUUUAAUCCUUUUCCGAAAUUUCUUUUUCUUUUGUAUAUUUUGUAAUAGCACUUAAAAAUCAUUAAAACAAAAAGGCAAUUAUUAAGUUAAGACGAAUUUCAUGUUUUUGCUAAUAAAAAUCAGAUAGAUGUCUUGCCAUUUAUCCGUGAGAUUAGUUUUUCGACGUGAAUGUGAUUGAAACAAAAUAGAUAUCCCAAUGAUUAGAUUGUAGUAAAAGUUGGUAAGGAUCAUAAAUUCUUUCAGAUACAUACAUUGCUUUCACGGCAAUUUAUAUUUAAAAACACUAUUUUAUAGAUAGAGUUCCUACAAAAACGGUUCUAAAUACAAGGAAACAAAUAUAAAGUUUAUUUGACAUUAUGUACAAUUCCAAAACAUUUAUAACAUAUUACACGUUAAAAUAACGGUAAUUUCAUAGGAAGAAACCCAAAAAGAAACAUAUUACUGCUACUACUAUAUAUUACUACAAUCCGAGUGAAUCUACAGAACAAUGUACUGUAGUUAGUAUGGUACUACGGAUUGGGCUCAAAUGCCUGUCCAAGCUACUCGUAUACAAAAGUACUAAAAUGCAGUAAGCUACUACCAUUAUAGUGAUGCCGUAAUAUGGAUAGGUCAAGUAACAACAAGAAAUAAGGUCUUACCCUUAAACAACGCUUAAACACUGUUACUGUACAGUUUGUUGCCCAUUUAAAGAGAAAACAAAACUAGAAUAAACGAAGACCUGCAGUAUCUAGUGUCCCUGGGAGUCCAGCCUAACUAUUGACAUACCGACUUUACAAACAAUAUCCAGCGUAGAGGUACUCUGCUUUAAGUCUAUGAAAUUAUAUAACUUAAAGUACCAUCCCUUCUGCUUUCAAUCAAAAGCAUCACAAUUAAUUAUAUUUGAAUUUAUUCAAAAAGAAGUGGAAUCCCACGAAAAGCAUUCUGUAAAUUAAAUAAGAUGAGCCAAGCUGAAGGUUCCUUAUUGUCUGAGUUACGCUUUAAUAAGUGAGCUUAUGCACUGGAGUUCGAGAAAAGAUAUUCCGCUAAUCAAUACUGAAGUAUUGAGAAAACUAUUUCUUCAUUUCGAUCAAUCUUCAGAAAUGAGUUUUUUGCGUGCGUUCGUGCAGCGGAAUGUUGUUGAAUUUC